GCCAUAUCCUCGCUUGUCCCAGGGCCAUCCUGAACGUCGCCACAGCACAGUGCUGGGUUACAGACCCUGGAUUCACUGCCCAAUUGGGGCAGAUUCUCGCACACUGCUCAGGACUGACAUUCUCCCGUCAUCAGCCAACAGUGGAUGACAGAACAUUCCCAGCUUCCAGCACCAUAUCUGGACAGAACCCCAAUUCUGACCGUGGAUCAGAAACUGGGCUCUCCCUUUCCCUCUGGUCUCCAGGAAAGCAGAUACAGGUCGACAGGAGGAGCCACUGCCGCCUACAGGACGGAUCUCUGUGGAAGAAGUGCAAGGUGAGGAAUUCAUCCAUGGCACCUCAGCAGAUGCUGUUGUGGCUGGUCCUCCUCAUUGUUCCCUGGCCAUUCCCUGGUGUGAUGGGAAUGCCAGUCGAGGUGACGGUGGGGGAAAAUCCGGUGCAGACGGGAGUCGGCUGGAAUACCACACUCCCCAUCUCCACCACCUCCCAGCUUUUCAUCGUGGAAUGGCAGGAACCCACGGGCGGCACCAUCCUCACCCAGAUCAAUGGGCAGCUCUUCAUCAAGGCUGGGACUCGGUACACGGACAGAGUGAGUCUGCUGCCCAAUGGCUCCCUCACCAUCAGCUCCACCACCCUGGCCGACGAAGGCAACUACUCAGUCAAGGUGGAACCAAACAGUGGGCAGGGAGUCACCACCAACAUUCUGACCAUCAACCUCUUGGUUUACGAGCCGGUGACAGGGGUUACCCUGACCAGGCCCCGGAGCGGAAUCCUGGAGGGUACGGCCAAUUUCUCCCACUCCUGUUCAGUUCUCACUGGCACUCGCAUCUCCUUCUCGUGGCUUAAGGACGAACGGCCCCUGGUCAACUCGAGCCGGGUGCGAGUGGCGGGCAGUGAGAUGAGCAUCCGGCAGGUGGUGCGCACGGACACCGGGCAGUACACGUGUGUGGUGAGGAAUCCCGUCUCCAGCGGCUCCCAGAGGCGGAGCCUCACCGUCUACUAUGGCCCAGAAUCGCUAGUGGUGAGCCGUCAGUUCCAAUCAGACUGUGUUACCCCAGACCAGGUCAUUCUGGGACGAAGCGGGAGUUUGAUCUGCCAAGCAGACUCCGUGCCCCAGGCCAACUUCAGCUGGACACGGCAGGGACAGGCACUAGCACAAGGCAGCACCCUCUUAAUCAACAGUUUGACCUCCAAUGACACAGGGUUGUACAUCUGCACCGCAUUCAACAUCCAGACAGGAUUUGAGAGGGCAGUGUCCACUAAUGUUGUCGGUGUGGGUGGAUGUCUGAGUGUUGGAGGGGUGGUGGGGGUCGUUAUUGGAGCAGUGGUUGCCCUCGUCCUCCUUGUCCUCCUGAUCGUCUUCCUGUUGAAGCGCAAGAAAAACAGGAAUGCCCCCUCAAAAAAACAAGCAGUGGCUGCAAGAUCAAGGGAGGUGGACGCCAAGGUCCUGCCCUGGAUCCAGAAGCACCAACAGGAGACUCCAGGCUUCGCUUCACCAUCACCCUUGGAAAGGGGGGGUCCAGAUGGGAACUACAGCAGCUACCCGCCUUCCACAGGAUCCAUGGUUCCCUCCACUCUGAACGGAGCAUCUGUACCCCACAGUGCGGCCCUAACCAGCGGCCGCCAAUCCACCCUCGUCUGAGGGCUGGGGCAGCAGAGGAUGGCGGGAGGGUGAAUGUGGACCUGCGAAAGCACUGACCGCCCCUCCCAUGAGACUGGUUAUGGAGGACCCAGUGGAAUGCCACAGAACAAUCAUCCUCCCCGAGUCCUCUCCCCGACAGGGAUAUUAAUACAGACCAUGAGGGUAAGGAUGGAUGCCUCAUAUUGAUGUGUGAUUGAGUGUUUUCACAAGUCCAGCAUAUUGAGGAACCCUACCUCAUGGAACAAGCCUCGAGGGCCAAUGCCUCACUACAAACAACCCAUCCCCACCCCCUCUGUUCACAUGAAGGACUCUAAUACAACCUCAGACCUCAUCCUCGUCCAGUUCCUGACUCUGAAACCAAGAAUUCACCUGGGACAAAGGCUAGACCAUAUCAGGAUUGAACCGGAUCGGGAUCAUAUACAAGGUCCCAAACAUGGAUUUAUCCAAAUCGGUGGCCUCUGCACGUCUCAGGCUGGACUGGUUCACGGACCCGGAAAAGGCCAGAUCAGCGACCUAAACAUGGAUUGAGCCGGUUGACGCUUGAACAUGGACUGCAUUGGAUUCAGUCCUGGAAUCCUCAGGGAUGUGUGAACUCUCACAUUGACUCAGUGAUGUUCUCUGAGCCCAUUACACACUUGUUGCUGGAUGUUCCAAGUUUCAGGUGGAGAGGGAGCAUUAAUCUGGGGCACAUGGAGUGAAGAGUUGAAAGAUGUAAAGGGGACUUAAGGGGCAACUUCUUCACCGAAAGGGUGGUGGGUAUGUGGGAUGAACUGCCAGGGGAAGAGGGCAAGACACAGCGAGCAGCUCCCUCCAAACUGUUCCAGCAUUCACUCCGGGGUCAGACACAGAGUGAGAUCCCUCUACACUGUCCCAUCACACACUCCUGGGGUUAGACACAAAAUAAUGCACACCGUCCCAUCACAGACUCCCAGGGUCAGGCACAGAGUGAAGCUCCCUCCACACCGUCCCAUCACUCACUCCCGGGGUCGGACACACAGUGAAGCUCCCUCCACACCAUUCCAUCACUCACUCCUGGGGUCAGACACAAAGUGAGCUUCCUCCAUACCAUCCUAUCACACACUCCUGGGUUCUGACACAGAGUGAAGCUCUCCCCUCACCGUCCCAUCACACACUCCUGGAGUUAGACACAGAGUAAUGCACACCAUCCCAUUGCACGCUCCCAGGGUCAGACACAGAGUGAAGCUCCAUCCACACCAUCCCAUCAAUCACUCCUGGGAUCAGACACAGUGGGAAAUUCCCUCCACACCGUCCCAUCACUCAUUCCCAGGGUCAGACACAGACACCCGGGGUUAGACACAGAGUGAAUCUCCAUCCAUACUGUCCCAUCACACAUUCUCCGAAUCAGACACAGAGUGAAUCUACCUCUGCACUGCCCCACACAAACCCCAGGAUCAGACACGGAGUUAAUGUUGCUCUACAGUGAGGUUCUUCUACACUGAUUCUCUGCCUCCCCCAUUCCCUCAUUCCAGACUCACCUUCCCCCCCACCUCCAUGGGAGAGAAUGACCCCUCAGAUCCCACUCUGAACUCCUCACCCUAUCCUCUACCCUCUGGCUUUACAUUCCUCUGCUAUAGGGAUAGGAUUUCUGCUGUCUGCCCUAUCUGUGACCACAUAGUGCUGCACAAUCCCAUCAGGUCUCUGUCAGCCUUCUCUGCGCACGUACAACAGUCCCAACCAUCCAGUCUCUCCCCAUAACUGUCUUCCAUCCCAGGGAAUGGAUGCUGAGAGGUGAGUUAGUAGAGCUGUACAAGAUUAUGAGAGGCAUUGAUAGAGAGGGUAGCCGUAAGGUCACAGCACAUUCAUUUAAGGUGCGUGGAGGAAAGUUCAGCAGAGAUGUCAGAGGUAGGCCUUUUUAACAGGGUGUAAUUGAAUUGCCUGGAAUGCACUGCUGGCAGUGGAUACUUUAGGAAGAUUUAAAAGACUAAUUUAAAGGCAAAUGGAUGAGAGAAAAAUGGAGGAUUAUGGGCUAUGUUAGAGGAAAGUUUCAGAUUGAUCAUGGAGUCAAUCAAUAACAUUGUCAGCAUAACAUCGAGGGCCAAGUGACCUGUACUGUGCUGUACUGUCCUACGUUCUAUACUCUAGUCAGCAUGUCCACGGGCACUCCAUGGACCUUCCAGACGUGCAUCAUGGAAAGUAUUCCAUUGGGCUGUAUCACACCUCCGGACCGUCAGAACCCGUAGAGAGAGGUAAUCACUACCCUCUCUGUCACAGGGUUCUCCCAGCUUGUUUACUCUGUCCAGCCGCACCCUGCACAGCCUCAGGAAGGCCAACAGUAUGGUCAGGCAUGCCAGCCACUCUCGUCCAUUUCCUGAUCUCUGUUUUACCUUCUCGGAGUGGGAAUCAGACUCCGGAACAAUUGAUUCCACUCUGCGGUUAGACUCCUGAACGGAUCACCUCUUUCACGUCUUCUUCCCGGUGGGGCUGCCCUGUUCUCAGACCCCUAACUCUCAGUUACUCCACUAUUGUGACUUUGUCAGUUCUUCAUGCACUACCUCAGUUUACAUCACAAUCAUGACGCAAGAUUGUGUUGAGUUUCUCGUUGCAUUUAUUAUUGGAAUAUCUAUACUGUUUAUUUUGUAAGCCUCAUACAAGCAUCUAAUUCAAUCGGAGUUUAAAAGUGCACAGUCCGGUUGUGACUUUCCUAGAUUGUAGGUAUGAACCUGGUCACUACGUUGAGACGCUCUUCCUAAUGUGUCUAUUUGGCUGAAUGGCUAAAUGCUUAUCUUAAUAAAUAUUUAAUUUGAGCAAAUUGUUGUCUGUGGUGGCAAGAGAAGUGGGAGGGAGAAGAGGGAGGAGGGAAGUGGGGGAGGGUCGAGGAGGAGGCGAUGUGUGAGAAAAAGGAGGGGAGGGAGGGAGAAAGGGGAGAAUAUGACAUGAAAAGGAGAGAGAGUGAAAUGGAGAGUAGAGGGAGUGGAGGGUGGGUGGUGGAGGAGAAGACCAUGAGAUAUAGGAGAAGAAUUAGGCCAUUUUGCCCAUCGAGUCUGUUCUGCCAUUUCAUCAUUUUACCUCUCAGACCCAAUCUCCUGCCUUCUCACUGUAGCGCAAGGGAAGUGGAAGAUGAGGACACGAAUGGGGCAGAGAAGGGAGAAGGUGAGAGAGAUGAAGUUCAGAUUAAAGAUUACCUUUGUUUGUCACAUAUACAACAAAACAUCCAAGCAUACAAUGGAAUAUGUCAUAUGCAUCGACGAACACAGUCUCAGGAUGUGCUGUCCGACUCCUGUCAUGUUUCCUGUGCAACAACUAACUAGUCCGUACGUCUUUAGAAUGUGGGAGGAAACCGGGAAACCUGGAAAAAAACCCACGUGGUCAAACUCCUUACAGACAGCGGUUGGAAUUGAAACAUGACAGGUGAUUGCCAGUAUACAUUCACCGCUCCGCUACUGUGUUGCUCAUUGUCCAGCGCUCAGCAUCAGAACAUCCUCCUCUCCUAUCAUCCCAUCCUCCCUCUCAUACACCAUGCCAUUCCCGCUCCCCACUCCAGCUCCUUGACCAUUUUCCCGUGAGAACGCAGCCCACAUUCCCACCUGAGAUGGAAAUUUAAGAUGGCCCUGCUGAGGGCGAGCAAAAACUUACUGGUUAUUCCCAAAAUAAGAAAUACAAUUACAUAAGUACAUGAGAAAUAGAGCAGGGGUCAGCCAUCUGCCCCGUCGAGCCUGCUCUGUCGUUCAAUAAGAUCAUGGCUGAACUGACCAUGGACUCAUUUCCAUCUACCUGCCUUCUCCCCAAAACUCUUAAUUCCCCUACAAUGCAAUAAAUAAAUGCUUUAUUUAGCAGGCUUUUUCCAUAACAAUAAUUAUGGUCAACAAUCACCAUAAAAAAUGAAGGGGCAAGCAAAGGCAAGGCUGAGUUGAGGGUUGAUGUGUGCGGGUGCAAGUCAAGGCCAGGACAAGGUCGAGGCACAUAGUCAUAGUCAUAGUUAUACUUUAUUGAUCCAGGGGGAAGUUGGUUUUUGUUACAGCUACACCAUAAAUAAUAAAUAGUAAUAAAACCAUAAAUAGUUAAAUAGUAAUAAGUAAAUUAUGCCAGAAAUUAAGUCCAGGACCAGCCUAUUGGCUCAGGGUGUCUGACUCUCCAAGGGAGGAGUUGUAAAGUUUGAUGGCCACAGGCAGGAAUGACUUCCUACGACGCUCUGUGUUGCAUCUCAGUGGAAUGAGUCUCUGGCUGAAUGUACUUCUGUGCCCAACCAGUACAUUAUGUAGUGGAUGGGAGACAUUGUCCAAGAUGGCAUGCAACUUGGACAGCAUCCUCUUUUUAGACACCACCGUCAGAGAGUCCAGUUCCAUCCCCACAACAUCACUGGUCUUACGAAUGAGUUUGUUGAUUCUGUUGGUGUCUGCUACCCUCAGCCUGCUGCCCCAGCACACAACAGCAAACAUGAUAGUACUGGCCACCACAGUCUCGUAGAACAUCCUCAGCAUCAUCCAGCAGAUGUUAAAGGACCUCAGUCUCCUCAGGAAAUAGAGACGGCUCUGACCCUUCUUGUAGACAACCUCAGUGUUCCUUGACCAGUCCAGUUUAUUGUCAAUUCGUAUCCCCAGGUAUUUGUAAUCCUCCACCAUGUCCACACUGACCCCCUGGAUGGAAACAGGGGUCACCGGUACCUUAGCUCUCCUCAGGUCUACCACCAGCUACUUAGUCUUUUUAACAUUAAGCUGCAGAUAAAUCUGCUCACACCAUGUGACAAACUUUCCUACCGUAGUCCUGUACUCAGUCUCAUCUCCCUUGCUGAUGCAUCCAACUAUGG